GAAAUACAUUAAGGUUGUAUGCGCUCAUUGUGAUGUUGUAGAUUCGAAGAUGGAGAACGAAGUUAGCACCUUCACGUUAGCUUCUUUCUCGUCGCCUGAUCAGGAGAAAUCAGUAGACCUACAGGGAGAACACAACGGCGGGGGCUUCAUCUGUGUUCCCGUGUCAUUUGUGAACCACAUCGCUGCCGGGGCGGAUGGUACUGCGGAGUUACAGGCAACAAGUCAGUCCCAGUUGCUGAACCAGACAUCGAUCGUCAGCACCCAGCCCACCACCCUACUCAGUAUCCAGGUAGAGAACAUCCACCAGCAGCUGACCGGGGGGUCAUCUGAGGACAGCGGGGUGUCCAGCGCCUCCGCACAGCUUCUAGAUGGACAGCAGGACCAGAUCAACCAACCCACAAAUGAAGAACCCAAGAAGAGGAAAGGUGGGUGGCCCAAAGGGAAGAAGAGGAAAAAGGAGACAAGAGACAGUAAUGCACCCAAAGCACCUGUAACAGGGUAUGUGCUGUAUUUGACAGAGCAAAGAGAGAAGUUGAAGGUGGAACAUCCUGAGCUUCCCUUCACAGAGAUGACCAGACUCCUUGGCAGCAGGUGGUCAGCACUUUCACAGGAAGACAAGCAGAAAUACCUGGAUGCAGCAGAAGUAGAUAAGAGGAGAUACAUCGAGGAACUGAAGGCUUACCAGCAGUCAGAGGCCUACCAGUCAUGGCUGAAACGCCAAGCAGCCAAGAAAUUAAAAUGUUUAGUAGCAGAUGUAGAAACUAUAGAUGGGGAGGUGGACUCCAUUGUGCUAGAUUUAGAGGAUGACCCCAGUGACCUGUACUGUAAAACGUGUAACCAGUACUUCAGCUCUCUGCACAACAAGAAGGAACACAUGUACGGCAAGCAGCACCUACAGAUGCUCACAGGUGAGUUUGAGCGCGAGGCAGAGCUGACUAAGCAGGAGGAGGACCGGCUGCUGUCCACAUCUGUGGAGGAGCCGGAGUGUCUGGACAGGACAACCUUCCUGGAGCGCUACAAGGGACCCAACAGCACAGAGAACCUGAAAAUGGACAUCAUAGAGGCUAACACAUUAAGGGAAAUGGAAAUCGGGGAGUUAAGAAGAUCACUGGAGAUUUCUCGUGAGAGGCAUUUACAACUACAGAAGCAGGCGCAAGUUUAUAAGCUAAGACUCCAGAAAGUUGAGUCAGAAGUGGAAAACAUGAAGGCGUACGGAGCAUCGCUAGCGACACAACUCGACGGACUGCGGAUGGUCCCAACCCUGUUUGGAGUCAUUAAUUUUUAGCCAUUGCCCAUUUUUAGUUCAAAGCCUACUGUACAGUUAUUAAUAACAAGUGUCCUCUCUUUCAUCAGUUGUUAUACAGGGUAAAAUAUUUAGUUCCAACCCAUGCAACAGUUCCUGAGGGAUGUACAAUUGAGGGGGUCGGGAAGGGGGACAUAGGGGAAAAUUUCAUCACAAAUCUUCCAAAUAUUUUAUCUGAAAACUGCCUACAAGAAAAAAUGUUACAGAUGUCCAAGAUGUUCACCUGGUAAUAAUUAGCUUAGCCACAUCGAAAGUUUGUUGGAAUUCCAAAGCUGACCAUGGGACAAUGAAGUGUUAGAUAAGCAAAUAUUGCACCAUUAUCUAUUUUGUACCAUAUGUUACUUGAAAUACACACUUCUACAUACUUGAAGAUAUUUGUACUGUGAAAACUUUUAAGUGUAAUACCUGUGAUGUUAAAAUUAAAGUGCAGCCAUUUAUAGCUGCCAAUCAUAUAUUGAUCAUGUAUAUUUAGCAUUGGGUCAUUUAUACACAGUAUUUUUCUGUGCCAGGAAGCCCAUAUGUACUUAAGGUGUCCCCAAAGGUGCACACCCACUUACAUGCAAUUCUAAAAUCAGUGACUAUCAUAGUCUGUGUGCUCAGGAUAUGGACAAGACUCUGUCAUAGGUACAGAUAAGGAUAUGAUUAUUCAUACAAUGUAUGAGAUGAGUAUCAGAAUAUCAGUUAAGGCUAACAGUAUGAAUUGGUAAAUAGAUUGGUUUAUAAGAUUGUGUAUAAAAGUGUUAUGUACAGUACAUAUGUCUAUUUAUUUUUUACAUCUUACAACUUCUUGGGUUGCAUGUGUAUAUGUCAAAUGUAAGUAUAAGUUGUAUAGUAUAUUAAUCUAUGAACUAACAGAAUGUACAGGUAUUUGAGUUUUGAGUUUACCUUUGAACUUUUCUGUAUGAAGAUAUAUCACAAGGUAGCAAAUUUUCUUUAAGAUGUAGCGUGUAUGAUUUGGGUCUUUAAGGGCCCUAAUUUAGUUACAUCAAAUAGAAGGUAAAUAAAACAGUUUGGCUCGAAA